CGCCAUUCUGGAUAUUUUGACGGGAAGGUCGGUCACGUGACGCGCCGCGCGGGGGCAGCGGUGCGGGGGCCGCGAGCCGGCUAGACUCUCCAGUAGCCGAGCCAUCCGUCUGCUGCUUUGACUGCGGCCGGUCGCCGGAAUCCACGCCCCCGUCUCAGCCGCCCGCAUCUAUUACGUACCAUUUGGUUUAGCUUUUCGAGUGCAUUAACGACGCGAUUAGAGAAUUAGAGAUCGCGAAACGGACGAGCGACGUGUGCCACACGAAUAUAGAGUUCGAACGGCUCAUAAAUACGAAAUGUGAAGAGUUUAUUUGCGUAUUUUUGCACGGGUGUGCGUUCGACGACGGGGCGGAGACGCCGGCGCGGGGCGCGCUCGCCCGGUCGCGACGGCUCACUCGCAGACAUGUCUCGGCCGCGGAUGGAGCGCGGCGCGGCCGACGCUCGCAGUGCGCUCGCGCGGUAGUGUGACAUGAGCUGCGCCCGUGGACCAUGGAUGUGGUGACUCCUCACAUAACGUCAGUGCUGAAGACGUACCAGGCGCACGCGCCGCGGAGCCUGCAGGGCCCGGGCGGGCAGGCGGCGCGGCCGGCGCGGAGCCCGCCGCCGCCGCCGCCCGCGCCCGCCGCGCCGCCCAUCCUGCUGGCGCCCGACCGGGUGCGCGGCGAGCGCGGCGAGACCCUGCUCGAGGGCGAGCCCAUCUCCUGCUUCAGCGUGGGCGGCGAGCGGCGUCUCUGCCUGCCGCAGAUCCUCACCUCCGUGCUGACGGAUUUCACUUUGGAACAGAUUAAUAGAGUGUGUGAUGAGCUGCAGAUCUACUGCUCGCGGUGUACUCCGGAGCAGCUUCACGAGUUGAAAUCUACUAGUGUGUUGCCUCGCUCGGCGCCUUCCUGCGGUCUGAUCACGCAGACUGACGCGGAGCGGCUGUGUGCGGCGCUGCUGCAUACCCCGCAAGGCUCCCGGCCGCAUAAACUAUCUGGGUAUCGCGUCUACCAUGAGUGCUUUGGCGGUAGCCGCGGGGUGUUUUCGGCCGAGUUAAACUUAGUGCAAUGUUUGGAGUGCCGUGCUAUGUACAGUCCGCGACGGUUCGUCUGCCAUUCGCACGCCACGGAGAACAGAACGUGCCACUGGGGUUUUGACUCUGCACGGUGGCGGCGUUUUUUGCUAAUGGCGGAUGAGGAGCAGGAAAAGGAGAAGUGUGCCGCGUUGCUGGACGCUUUGGAUGUCGACGAGCCGCAGAUCGCCGUUCCUCUCAAACACGCUUUGAAGCGAAAACAGGUGGUGGAGACGGUGGUCUGCAGGCCCGAGCCUAUAGAGUCACCGCCGAAGAAGGCGCGGGGCGACGACUAUGGCUACGCCCUCUACGUUGAUCCCUACCUCCACUACCGGACCCUCUCCGCCUUCCGACCGUGGGGCAAGCGGGAACCCGUCCUGCAGCACCCAGAGAGAGUCGUCCGCGUCGCCGACUGCACUAGGUUCGAACGCGACUUCCAACCCAACGUGGCUCUCAAACCUCACACACCCCCGGCCGACGACGUCACGUCUUCCACCUCCCCGCCCCCCCAUUCCGAUCCCGAACUCGCCGCCAGGCUGCUCGACGCUGAAGCUAGGCUGGCCGAACUGGCCCGGCAGCUAGAUGAGAGAGAAUCUGAGCUGAUACGCAGGGAAGCGCACCUGGAUGCCAGAGAAGCUGAGCUCGCCAGACGCGAGAGCAUGGCCCAGCCCAGGCCCAACGCUUCCCCGACCAAGGAGGACCCGCCCUGUUGACCGAAGACUGUCAUAACCAGGCUCUGCUCCUACUGACGCGUCGCGUCUCCAAAGUACAAAAGAUUCGCUUAAAAAAGCGCUUGUAAAUAUCCUUCUGGGACUGACCCACUCUUUAUACUUUAUACACUUACAUUUUUGUAGGUACAGUAGAUGAGGCGGUUUACCACUGGACACUUUCUGAUGUACAUAAUCAUAUCAAGUACAGUUUUCUGAAGUUAUUUAAGUUAUUUUUGUACACUAUAUUGUACACUUGUAGUUUCUUCGUCGUGCCAUCUGCAAGGUACCUCUAUUACCUGGACCUCAAUCUGUGCUUUUUUCAAUAAUUAUCAGAAUACUCACAUAAAUAUAGUGAAAUAGAUUUAACAUUUACAACCAUAAGCAUAAUUUAUACAGGGUUAUUUUAAAAUUUAUUUGCAAUAGGUUCGUACGUUAAUAUUUAAAUAUUUUCAGUGUUGCCCGUUUUCUGUCGCUUCCGUGACAAAAUGGCGGAGCAUUCAGGUUUUAAAGUACACUAUGAAAGUUCUGCUGAGAUUAACCUCUUUAUAUUUUUCUACGCUAAAUAACUCUGUAUAAAACCUCAAACCAUACCAAAUAAUAAUAAAAUAGUAAUCGCACUCAUACUAUAGUACCCUCACGAUAAAACUUAAAUGAAGGUUGUAUGGAUAUAAUGGAGAUAAAAAGCACUCGACAAAAAUGUUUCUUCAGAAUCGUAAAGUUUUGUGAAAUAAUGUUGUGCCUGAUGUCAGCUAUUUUAUACUUAAGUAGGAUAAGAUGUCUUUACUGUGCGAAUGAUGUAUUUAUACCAUACCAAUACCAUUAUUUUAUUUUUGGCAUUGAUUCUUUCCAAUUCUUACAUAACUUUGCAUUAUCUAGUUUAAUUUGUAAAUGUGCUGGUAACAUUUCAAUCAGUGCUACCACAUUUUUUUCUCUGAGGCCAAAACGGGUUACCACUUAUUUGUUUUUUUUUUAAGCAUCAUUCGCCCUGUGGGACUACGCCUUAUGCCGAACGGUAUGGAAGGCCAACAAAAUUUUAAACCUUAAUUAAGGGAACGAUCCCGCAUUCUACCUCAUUGUAAAUAAAAUUAUAUUUGGCUAAAAAUAAGGGAGAGCGUUGGUUAAUUCUUUUUAGAUUUAAAAUUGUUUUGAUUUGGAGCAAUAAUAAGUCACUGCCCAAGACAAACUAUACGUUCAUUUAUAUAAAUAUAAAGAUUUUUAGACCCACGUAAGUGACUGUUUUGUAAAUAUUCAAGGCGGUAACUUGAAACGCCUUAUAAAAUUAUUGGUAAUUUUUCCAAUUCGUAAACUGAUUCCUGUUUUAUCUCAACAAUAAAGUGAGGUUGUAAUAAAUCCAUAUGUUUCAAGAAAUGUACAUACAUAACGAGAGAAAGAUACUUGUUUUAAAUCUAGCGGGGUCAUCAUUUAAACCGAAGUGUAUGUCUAACAAGACUUUUAGAAACUGAUUACUUGUUCUGUAGCAAAUCUUAGUCUUUGACACAAUUUUUCAUCACCAUUGUCAUAAAAUCAAGGCAUACACUUAGGUUUGAAUUGAAAUUAUCUUGAUUUCCUCUAGUGGAUUAUGAAUUAUGUUCAACCGUUUAUUGAUAACAUUUAUGAAUCUGUGAAGGGAACUUUCUUUAGUAAUUGUUUUUCUACAGCCAUUUUGUGGCCUUUGCCAGUAACAGUGCAUUUUUCUUUUAGACCAUAAAUAAUUUUACCUGCGGGUAAAAUUUUGUCAUUUGUAAAUAUUUGUAUUUUAAAUAUUCAUGUACAUACAGUACGCAAUACGUGUGAAUCCAAUUUAUUUAUAUAAGGGCAACAUUUGUAUUAAUGAUUCUUGUUUUAUCUAUGAAUUUAAAGACGUCUCAAAUUUAAAAAGUUACGAUCUAACCUCUCGGCCGAGAGAUGGCGCGAAGCGCGAUGAAAAUUAUGUGUGUCAUUGUAUUUGUUAUACAUUUGGAAAGUGGAAUAAAAUUUCACUUUUUUUAAAGUGAAUAUAAUUUUUUUAUCUUUGGCAAAGCUCAAAUGCCACAAAUUGUGAAAACUUCUGAUUAUCUCUUCUCAUUAAAGAGUGCUAUGUUAAACAGUAGAGUAAGCUAAGUUUCAGUUGUAGGUUAGGCUAUAUCUCUAGUCAGAGACAUUUUGAGAAAAUAAUUACCAUUUUACUUAUUAAUAAUAUAUUAUUACCACAAGCGAGUGUAAUGAGAAUAACUUAUUUGUUUAAAACAUACAAUUAGAGUUAAUUUAGAUGCGGACUGUAUGUCGGUAUAUAUAAAUGAGCUAAAGUAAGCUGUUGUACGGAAACUUUUCUGUCAGUACCGUUGUUAACGUUUUGGUGCUAUGAUAUUUUGGCUUGGCAAACUAAAUAGUUUUUAAUUGUAAAUAUAUUUUUAGUAUUUAUUGGCAACUAUUUCUUUUCUACUAAUUAGUUAUUGAAGUUUUUAAUGUAUUAUGAAAUUUCUAUCUGGGGUUUGCAAAUUUAAAAGUUAUGGCUUAGCCAUUGUCUGUGACUUAACCUAAAGUGUCGCUUUAAUUCGUAGCGUAGGUUGUAAUUUAUCCAUUGUACCGAUGGAAAAGUUUCACAAACGGUCUCUCACUGUCAUGUUAUUGAGAAAUAUUUUAAUGGUGCUAAAUAACAAAUGUAUUCUUUUCUGGGAUAACUCUGGAGGUUGUUUUUUUAAUUUCUUAAAACCUUUGUUAAACCUAAGCUAGGACAGUGAGAGACCUACGGUACAUGUAAAUAACGUAUUAAUUAAGUACGAUGGGUACGUAUGCCAGGCUGUUAAAUCUAAACUAGGGUAAGGCGCGAUAAAAACGAUUGUCUAUGGUUCUUUCGUUUUCGAAAUUCCUAUUAUCUUAAUGUCAAUUUGGCGCCUAAAUACUCGCACAGUUGACAGAUGGCAGUGGUAACAUUGAAAUUGUAUUGAAAAUUAUCUGUGCGCAGUACUUCUUGAAUCAUUUUUUCCUAAUUUUAUUACUAGUAACAUUUAAAGCAAAAUUUAAAUAAGACGAAAGGAAAAGACAAAGUUUUUAUUGUGGUUGGUGAUUUGCCAGGGUAUAAAGUACUCCUGUGAUCUCAAUGAACGUGCGUUAACGAAAUACAUCCAUUUGUUAAAAAAAUGUGAAAGUCGCAAAAUAAAAGUAAACAAGAGUAUCAACUGCUGUCAUUUUUAAUAGGUUGCCUUUGGGUUGAUUGGAAAAGCCGAAAAUGUACAGCUGGAUUAGAAAACACAUUAUGAAUUUCAUCAAAAACUACUUACUCUUUGAAAUUUCUUUUAAUUUUCAAUAUGUUUAAAGUUUCCUUUACAUAUUUGUCCCAAUUAAUCCGCGACCUUACGGUUGUCUGGAAGAAAUCGCCCUUUAUCGAUAAGACUGUGAAUUGUGUUACUGCUUUUAAUUUGUGAUUUGUACGUAAUAUUUUAGUAUAUCGGUGUGUGCAAUAUUUUUAUGUUAUAUAAAUAUUACAUAUUGUGUUUUCUAAAUGGCUUAAGAAUGAUGUCUUGUUCCGUGCCAAUAUUAUUUAGCUGGCAACAUUAUGUAGUUAUAUUAAAAAGACACCGCAAACCAUAACUUGUCACCUAGUGACAGUCUAAGCACCGCAAUGAGUGAUAUAUUUUACUUUAUUGUAAAGUGGCAUCUUGAAUGAUCUAUACUGCAAACAAUAUAGCUUUCGUCCUUGUGAACAUUAUUUUUCGAUUCAGCAUAAAAAUGGCAGUAGUGUUUUUUAAUGGCACCCACGCUCUGGCAUCAGGGCGUUUUGCCAGUUACAGUAGUAUAACAGUAUGCUUUUGCCUAAGCUUUAUUGUUAGGUGAUAAUUAAAAGUAAAACUAAGGGUACCGCGUUUGAAACGUUCUAAGAUUUGUCACUGCCCUGUUAAAUUUGUUAUUAUUAUCUGUAAACGUUUUGAAACUCGUUUCAUUCAGUGAUGUAAUUCUUAAUACGUAAAAACCGUUUUGAAAGCAAGUCAUCAAAGCGAGUGACAGAAAUUAAUAUUGUUUCUAUAUUGUAAAUUCAUCUGUCUGGCUGGAAAUUAUAAUAUGUUGCAUUUUUUUUUCUUAAUAUGGCAAAACUACAGUGGCGCUUACCAUAUGAAACAACGAAGAGAAUAUUUGGCAUACUUUAAUCGCAAAACAAAGGUACCAGAGGGCCUACCGCGAAUCACGUUCGACGUAUUAUCUUUCUGUCGCACUUGUAAAUUCGUAGGUAAGUGUGACAGGGAAGCAACACGUCGAACGUGGUUCGCGGUAAGCCCUCAGAAUUGAAAGGUACCACCAUAUGGAUGUAAGAGUUGCAUUCUGAAACUCAAAAUUAUUAAUCCAAUUUUCUCAUACUAACACAGAUGGAUUUACAACAUACGUGCGUUAUGUUAUGCCUUGGCUCGUAUUGACAUGAGUCUGCAGGAAACUCAUCACACUUAAACGUCAUGUCUCCAGUUUUUAAUAAUGCGGAAUAUCUUGCCCAGAUUCAAAUUAGUCCAAAUUGUGAAGGCUGUUGCUUUACUGGCUGUUUGGGCAGUUAUUGAUGGCACUUUUAUUUUUUCUUUUGUGCUAGCAACACUAACUGUCACUUGUAUAUAAGUUAGGUUUUUAUGAAGUAUUUUUUGUAACUUCGGGUUUGUAGUGCACGAUUGCUAGAUGGCGCUAGUGUUAAAGCAGAAUUGGUAAAAAUAUAUGAAAGAGUUUUUGUACAGAUACUAGCGACAUCUAGUGACUGUUCACUGUGUUAAACCUCGUUAGUUUUUACAUUUAGAGACUGUAAACGGUAAAUUAUUUUAAAACUUUAAGCCAGUCUGGUUAUGAAUAAAAUUGUGUGUGUUAAUCAGAAACAUGUUGUUUUAAACUUUCUUAGAAAUCAUUUGUAUCAGUGGAAAGUAAACUUAUCACUAUAAAAGAUAUUUUUCUCUUGAAUCUAACCUCAAAAGUAGUGGUAAUUAACUUUUUCUUCCGAAAUGCUAAGGGCUCUAUGAUAUUUAGAUAUAAUACGGUAUAAUAAUACCUAAACGACGACGAAUAUUUGAGGGAAAAGUUGCCACUACUUUUGAGGUUAUAAAAUUUCUAAUCUUAAAAAGAAAACGGUCUAUGGUUGAUGGUGUUACCCGGGAUAACUAAAGACGCCGUUUGGAACCCGGCCUCCACUACUGGAAGGUUUCCUCACUUUUUCUUUAGUGUUUGACAUUUAUUUCAGUUUAUCUUUUUCACUGUUGCUAAUGAUCUCUAAGGUCUCUCCAUAUACAUCGACGCGGAAUCGGCAAAAGCCGAUAAAAUAAUUUAUGUCUGCGCAUUGAAAGUGAAAAAGGCUUCAUUCGGCUCUGGGCUAUAACCGCAAACAUCAAAAUUCGUCAAUUGCGGGCAUUUUUGUCUGUCACUCUAAUUACGUCUUAGUGAGAGUAAAAGAGAAAGAUCCCCGCAAUUUGCGAAUUUCGGUUUUCGCGGUAGGCCUUCAGCAACGAAUUUACACCUUAUAGCUAUUAUAAAUGCCGACGCGUCGACGCCUUUUUCGCUGUUAUUGCAUAGACAUAAAGGUUUUUUCUGUCGGCUUUUGCCGAUUCCGCGUCGAUAUACUUGGGGAAGACUAGUAUUCUAAAAUAUUUUCUCUCCGUGUCUAAAAUAAAAACUAUGUAGCGGUGACAAAAGAUCGUAUAUGUAAAGUACCUGAUAACUUAGAAGUUAAGGUGAAGACUCUGUUAUGCACACACAUGUCUGUAACAUGUGGUUUUGAAGUGUGUUUUUACCAGAAAAAAUGCUUAUAAAUACCUUGUGGAGCAAUAAAAUGAAAUGAUUUCCAAAA